AUGAACAACCAAUCACCAUCACAACACCGUACGGCACAGACUCGCAACCGUAAAUUUCUCAGACCGGAUGCCACCCCAUUGACACCCGAAGCUAUCGAAGAAAUCAGAAACGCACCGGAAAAUAUCCCGAAUGCAUGUCGUGUGAUGUGUAAAAAAUAUCAUAUAGGUACGAAGCGAUAUGAGGAUAUAAUUAACAAUCGAAUGCCUUCUGAACCAACUGAGGAAUGGCGCCAUAUUAUCGAAUCAAGCCGUACGACACCGAGACAUGUAUAUAUUUGCGCACUCUGUGACACACAACCUUCUGGUAGUACUGGUAGUACUGAAAUUUUUACCAAGUUAGACACAAAAUCAGAGGCUUUGCUUCAUGAAUACGAAAGAGAGUCUUUAGACUCGCCCCUUCGGGUCACUAAUACUGACUCAGUGGUACCACCACCACAGAAUGAGGAUACUUCUGAAUGUCGUGAG